AUACACCAAUCACGUUCUAGGAACUUUGACGCAAUUUGCAAAUGGCCGUGAAAAGGACCGAUCUUGAGGGUGUAUGAAAAGCUAAUGGUGGAUAGUUCCGUGAUAAAAACCUGUGAAUAAUCCUUGUUAUAGUGUGGUGCCGUUAAAAAUAUACAAAAUGUGCCAAAAAGUGAGAAUCCAGUCUUAAUGGUGGUAUAGAAAGCCUUCGAAAACCGCUGGAGCGACUGUCUACGGGAUAUUGCUGACAGAAGGGUCGGUGCGUUGUGCGUGCUAAGCGGAGGCGGCGCGCGGUUGUCUUGCGAGUCACAUCGGGCGGUGCAGCGGUGGUAGCGCGGCGGCACCAUGAACGAACUGGACAGCUUGCGUCAGGAGGCCGAGACCCUCAAGAAUGCUAUUAGAGAUGCUCGCAAGGCGGCGUGCGACACGUCGCUCGCGCAGGCCACGGCGAACCUCGAGCCGAUCGGGCGCAUACAGAUGCGCACGCGCCGCACGCUGCGCGGACACCUCGCCAAGAUCUACGCAAUGCAUUGGGGCAGCGACUCCAGGAACCUGGUGUCCGCCAGCCAGGACGGCAAGCUGAUCGUGUGGGACAGCCACACGACGAACAAGGUGCACGCGAUACCGCUGCGCUCCUCGUGGGUGAUGACAUGCGCGUACGCACCGUCCGGAUCGUACGUCGCGUGCGGUGGGCUCGACAACAUCUGCUCCAUCUACAGCUUGAAGACGCGCGAGGGCAACGUGCGCGUCUCCCGCGAGCUGCCGGGACACUCGGGAUACCUGUCCUGCUGCCGCUUCCUCGACGACAACCAGAUCCUCACCAGCUCCGGUGACAUGACUUGCGCCCUGUGGGACAUCGAGACGGGGCAGCAGUGCGGGCAGUUCACGGGGCACACGGGCGACGUCAUGUCGCUGUCGCUGGCGCCGGACCAGCGCACGUUCGUGUCGGGCGCGUGCGACGCCUCCGCCAAGCUCUGGGACAUCCGCGACUGCCAGUGCAAGCAGACCUUCCCCGGACACGAGAGCGACAUCAACGCCGUCACGUUCUUCCCGUCCGGGUUCGCGUUCGCGACGGGCUCGGACGACGCGACGUGCCGCAUGUUCGACAUCCGCGCCGACCAGGAGCUGGCGAUGUACUCGCACGACAACAUCAUCUGCGGCAUCACGUCCGUCGCCUUCUCCAAGUCGGGCCGGCUGCUGCUCGCCGGCUACGACGACUUCAACUGCAACGUGUGGGACUCCAUGAAGAGCGAGCGCGCCGGCAUCCUGGCCGGCCACGACAACCGCGUGUCGUGCCUCGGCGUGACCGAGAACGGAAUGGCCGUCGCCACCGGAUCCUGGGACUCGUUCCUGCGCAUCUGGAACUAAACCCCCCCUCACCCCGCACACACGCCACCCAACCCCGCGCGCGAACUCACAACCACAGGACACACGUUACACUCAUACCGCAUUCCGAAUAUCCGUACUCGGCUCUCGUGUAGGAACAUCGAUAUCGCCUCAAUAUAACUCUUAAAGGCAUUUCCAAACAUCUAAUUGAGAAGCGUUUGAAUAAUAUGCGAGAUAAAAUAGUCAAUGAUCAGUACAGUUGCUUCCGCGUCAAUGCGUGUCCAAUAUGGCCGGCAACAGUAACUCCGAGUCGAUCGUGUGUAGUGUCGCGCGCGGGCCGGCGUGUGUCGUUCAGUAGACGCUUCUUUUCAGUUCCGUGAUCGAGUGAUCGCAGUCUGCGUACAUUCUGUGACGAGCACAAAUAUAUUUCAGAUUUUGUCGGUCUGUGUCGUUUUUGCCGCCAAUAUCCUCUUAAAAAUCAGCGCGCAAAUUGUUUUUAUACUUGCUUUACACGUUUUUAGAUUAAAGACGGUACGACCGAUGACCCAGCGCGACAAAAUGUACGUCUAUAUUAUUAUGAUACCGACGCGAUGUCCGCACAUAACCGCUUUAUUUAUUUAUAAAUAUGAUUAAUUUUAGAUUUUAUUUCUAACAAUUAUGAACAGCAUUUAAUGUUACGACUUAGGGGGGUGUGCGUCUGUCCGCCGACGUGUGUAUGUGCGUAUGUUAGAAUUUUUUUGUAUGCGUGCGUGUGUGUAUGUGUGUGCGCGUCACUGUCACUGUAUACAUACUUUAUAUAUUAAUAUGAUAAUGUACACAAUAUAUAAUGAUAGCGUAGCCGAACGCCUUCCCUGGAGGGGUACACGCUGCGGGAAUAAGUUUCUGUUACUUGGUGUUACAUCAUCGCACAACUGUGGUACGAGUUCUGAAAUCCUAUAAUCAGAGAACCAAAUACUAUUGUUAAUGUGUUUUGUGUAAUUUAUUGAAUGAGAAUAUUUUUUUUUUGUUUAUAAUUUUUUUUUGUCGAUCUAAUGUAAUCCUAACGCGGUUGGAGCUAAUUUAUGAUUUUAUAAUUGUAACUGUACGUUUAGUGUGUAGAAUUCAUUUUUGAAUGUUAGGUGAGAUGUCCCGCGAUCUCUGCAUACUGUGUGGCGGUGGUUAAUUUACAAUGCGAUGUUACAAUACUGUGAACGCUUUUACACAUUAAUUUUGAUGAGUGACGUCACUUCCACAUGUAUUGUUAGUGCGGAAACUGUAUUGCUAUAUCGAUAUGUAUCUGAGUAUAAAAUUUUGCCUAAUUCAUAACCUAAUACGAUAUAAGACAAUUGAAUAUUUCUCGUUUAAUAACGGCGCGUCUCGUCCGAUUCGUGUGUAAAAGUAUUUGACAUUGUUACUGGGAUUUGAUUUAUCAUAGGCUUUAAGCGUACCGUGAUUUAUACUUUGACGAAUGCAAUAUAAAUUGAUUAUUAACUGUCACACGCUGGUAUCAAUAGUGAACCCUCACACUUGCCUCAGGGCACAUCGCGCCUUCGACACACCAAAAUCUAUUUGGCUUGUUAAACACCAACUAAACUGCGAUUUAUCUGUUUAGUAUAGAAAUCGGUGCCCAAUUUUCUAAUUACUAUUAUGGGCAGCACUAAACAUGGCUUGAAUUUAGUCAGUUUGCAUGAAAAUAUUGCUAGCAAUAUUUGGUGUUUAAAAAGUUGAAGCAAUUGAUUUCAUGUAAAGGAAAGUUCUCACGUACGCUGUACAUAUACAAUGUGCUGGUAACGUAGUGUGGAAGUCACGAGGAGUUAGUUGAACAGCAACAAUCCUUCGGAAACCAUUGAUGCAUUUCAUUUCACCAUUCCUGUAGCACUUCCGAGUUGAGUAACAAUUCGAGAGUAAAUCGGAUUUGUUACAAUGUAUGGAAACUGCAUGUUUGAAACUCUGACUAUGUGGGGACGCACUAAUUUUUAUACAUUUAUAUAGGCUUGCACAAUCGUUCGCUCUUUUAAAUAGUACUUAUUCUCAUUUAACACGAUCACUACUUAAACAAUAAGUUAAAAUUUCAUUCACCAUAUAUAUUUCUGAAUUUGUAGGAAAGUAUAAAUUAAAAUUUCUACCAAUUUUACGUAUGGACAUGGUAGAAAACGUUUUUAAUUGAUGGACGUUUCUAUGUGGGUUUAUAAUGCAACGUGUUCGUAUUGAGCUGAGUGGUGCAAACAUCACACGCUUUCGAACUGAAACCCUUUAACAUCAUAACGAACUAAGAGAAUUGAGGGACGCUAACACCAGCACGUUCGUCCCACUGAGUUCAUAAUAGAAGUAAGCUAGCUUUAGUUAAGGAUUAAAAUAUACAAUAUUAAAAUAGGCAUUUGUAACUUGAUUAUCGGAAACUAUUGAUAAACGCUAUUUUUUUCUUUGUGGCAACACGAGCUCCCUAAGUGAUAUAUUUUGUUGCAGUAUUCGUUCGGAUUUGAGCACAUUCGUUUGGCUUAUUAAUUUGUCAGUCGAUGGAUGGGUGUCGCGCUAUUUCGGUUUAUACAUGUAUCUUUUCGUUUAGCCUUUUCGUCUUAGAUAGGUUAUAAUAUACGUAGAUGUUUAUAUUAAGGCAGACGAGGUUUGAUAUGGCGACAGUUGGCCUGAGUAAUGUGGACGCUUCAGUAAUGUGACCAUUCGAAUAUCAUUUCAGAUGUCUUGUGCUCAAUUAUUGUAUCUUUGCACCGUAAUGUAUCACAAUGUACACGUUUGUAGCUUGCGUGAGUCUGUUACCAUGAUUUAUUAUAUGGCAUAUCAAAGCUCCGCCAUUUUGUGUACCCGCAAAAACUUAUUCGUCAAAUUGUCGGUUAAACUAUAUUAUUAUGAUUUUUAAACUUUCUAUAGCAAUUUCAAGUGUCUACACGCAUGAAUAUAUAAUCUAUACGUAAGGUAUUUCGCAUCAUUGGGUAUAUUUUAUGAUUUGUCUGUCCAAUACAAAAUGGCCGCUGAGAUUUUGGCGCGAACGGCGCAUUCUUAGAACAAAAGCGCGAAUUUUGACAAUAUUGGACAGAUAAAAAAUAAAUAUAAAGUUAGCUCUGGUCUGCUAGUUUUACGCCUAGGAUAAGAGACUUUUUUAAAAAGUAAUUGUUUUCUACUGUAACGGCUUCUUUUCAAAUCGAUGUACGAUAACGUAAAUAUAAUAUUAGCAUUAUGUAUAAUGUUUAAUGGAUAGUUUUGAAUGCUCCUAUUCUGUUUUUGUCUAUUCAGACCAAUUUUUCUCACUUUUACAUUGUAUUAUUGGAAGGGACUGCCAUAUUUUAACCGUUAACUUUAAACUUAUUAAUAAUUAAAGAAAAUAGGGAUACAGAUGUCUUUGGCGAUGCUGGUUCUCGUUCAAGAAUGACGCGACAGUGUAACAGUGGAAAGAAAUUUAAUCGAUAAAUGAAAGCGAACGGCGACGGAUAGAAGAGAUUCCUAAAUCGAUACGAGAUUCGAAAAUGAUACCUGAAUUGAACCCGGUUACACAACUUGACAUUUUCACUGAAAAAAAAACAAAUAUAAAUGAUUUGUAUAAGUUAAUUUUUAUUUGCUAGUCCACAUCUAUGUAUGUUUAAAUAUAAUUAUUCUUAGUGGUGUAAUACUAAUGAUAAUGUAUUGUGUAAAAUAUUUUUUUUUAGUUAUUAUAUCAAUAAAUUAAAUUUGUUUAUUUUAA